AUGUCCAACACCGUUGCAGCAGCCGAGGAAGAAGGCGCUUACACGCCUUACGACCAAUUCUUCCUCUUCGGCGACUCGAUCACCGAGUACUCCAAUGCCCAGGACAUGGGAUUCGGGUUCUCCGCAGCAUUGCAGAAUGCCUACGCCCGCCGCCUGGACGUUGUGAACCGUGGAUUAGCCGGAUACAAUACUCUCCACGCCAUCAAAGCCUUCCCCAAAUGCUUCCCUACCCCAGAGCGCGCCAAUGUCCGACUUAUGACCAUCUGGUUCGGCGCCAACGACGCCAGUCUCCCAGGUUUCGAGCAACACGUCCCCAUCGAAACCUACAAGCAAAACCUUAGAAACAUCAUCCAGCACCCCUUAACCAAGGCCCAGAACCCCCGCAUCAUGAUCAUCACUCCUCCCCCCAUCAACGAGUACCAAUUGGCCGGGUUCGACGCCAUGAAGGGGAACCCCCAUCCGACUCGGACCAACGCGCAUGCCAGGAAGUACGGCCAGGCUGCGCGCGAAGUUGCUGCGGAGUUCGGUCUGCCUGUUGCGGAUGUCUGGAGCGCGUUCAUGUCGACGGUUGGGUGGAAAGAGGGUCAGCCGCUGGUUGGGUCGAGGGAUUUGCCUGAGGAUGGCAAGUUUGCUAGUCUGUUUACGGACGGCUUGCAUUUGGCUGCUAAUGGGUAUCGCAUUGUGUUUGAGGAGGUUAUGAAGACUAUUCAGGAGAACUGGCCGGAUCAGGUGCCGGAGAAGCUUCCUUAUGUGUUUCCUUCUUGGGCGUUGGCGCCGAAAUAG